GCAAGAGCGAGCAGAAGUGAACAGGAUUUAGCAAAGGGUGAAGAUGAGUGCUGAAGAGAUUCUGGUGUAUGCAGUAAGACUUGGAAAAAAUUUCUGCCUCUAUUUUGACGACGACGAUGAGCUGGAAUGUGAUGCCCUUUGCAAGGAGAAGACUCUGCACCGUGUGCUGAGGAAYGUGAACAGCCAACUGCUCGUGGUGCGCCCGGACCUGAACGCGGCAGCUUUUGAGGAUGUGACAGACCAGGAGAUGCAAUCUGGCAAAGGAAUGCACUUCAAAAUUCACUUCUACAAAACCACCACACCCUCAGCAGGGAUGCCCGUGGCCUUCAGUGUCAAAGUGGAAGACAAAAGUUAUUACAUGUGUUGUGAGAAGGAAUGUGGAGAAAUGAUUGUGAGAUUUAAGGAAGGAGAAGUUCCCGAAGAAAUUCCUGAUGAAAGCAACAUCAUCUUUUUCAAAACGACAUUUUCAUCUUGCUGCUCCAAAGCCUUUAAGUUUGAAUAUUCACUGGAACGAGGAAUGUUCUUGGCCUUUGAGGAAGAUGGCUACUUAAGAAAAUUGACUCUAAAGAAACUGCCAAAAGAUGAAGUGGAYGAAACCAUGAAGAUAAGUUUACGUAAGUUCAGUCGGAAUGAAAAUCCCAACCUAUGAUUGAAUACUUUGUUUUUUUAUGAAAGCUACUUUUGUAUUUCUUUAUCCAAACACACCAGUUUUAUAACUACUGUCAGUACUUAUAGAAUAAAUAAAAAAUUUAAAAUAUUUAAAAU